AUGAGCAACCCUUGUCAGCAAGGAGCUUUAUUCUGUCGACCAUUAUACAGUCAAGACGAUUAUGAAUGUGUUUGCAAACCAGGUUUUACCAGCCGGAAUUGUGAAACCGACAUCAACGAGUGCUCCAGUAAUCCCUGUUUAAACGGAGGUACUUGCACUGAUCAGAUUAAUAGAUACAUCUGCGCAUGUCCCGUUUGGACUGAAGGAGUAAGCUGUGAGAAUGUUCGUGUCUUGGAUAUCCACGUUCGAAGCGAGGGUUGUGAGGAUGCAGGAAGAGCAGACGUCUGCGGCAAAGCUUACAUUAAGGUGGAUGGAACAGAUCACUCUCCUCACAGCAGAGGAUAUAACGUUGUUGUUGUGGACGGAGCAACAGGUGCAGUUCUCGAUACAAGAGGAUUUGAUACUCAUGAAAAUAGCUCGGCGGGUAAUGCACUCAGAGAUUACCUUAACGGUCUUCAUGGCCAUAAAAUAGUGUUAGUUGCUAUUCAAGAUGAGGGCUCAAGACACAUGUCGCCAGCGAUUGAUGCGCUAAAGGGACUGGGCGCUACUGACCCUGUACAGCCGGACCACAGGGGAUCUUUUGCUUUCGCUGGAUACGCUGGAGCAAACAAACCUCAGUGGAUAACACAGAGACGUGCGAACAGAGGACAGGGACCGAGUGAAAUAUUUCCGAACAUUGCGUUAUCGGCAGGAAACUGAAUUGAAACGACGGCCGUCCUUGGAACAGUUCCCUCCCACGUCAACUGAAAGGCAAUUGUCUAUAGGCUCACUGUGGUUUUAACGUCAUGUGUGGCGUCGACUGGGGAAGAACGAAUCACGAGAUGUGGAGG